UUCGUUUUGGCCGGGAACAUGGAGAAAGAUAAAGAAGCUGUUUCCAGCGGUCUUGACGCAACGCCUACAGAAACUACAAUCUUCUGCACAGCCUGCAGUGUGAAUGAAAAGGCCAGCCAUAUGUGUAUAGAUUGUGACACCUACUACUGUGACUCUUGUCUGAAGGACCACAACAAACUGGCAAACCUGAGAGCUACAAAACCCAUUUUGCUCACCGGGAUUGAAACUAUGUGUAUUGUUUUGAGCCGCAUUGAAGAAUAUAUAAACAAUAGCUCAAAGCAGCUUUCAACCGAUCGUUGUGAGGAGCACAAUGGAAAACACGUGGAUAUGUUCUGUGUUUACCAUAAGGUCGUGUGUUGCAGCGCAUGCGCGGCCAUAAAACACAGAUCUUGUAAGGAUGUCCAGUAUAUUCCCGAUAUAUCGAGCGGAACAAAAACAUCACAAGAUUUUAAGGAAGCUUUAAACAAAGUUAAGGAGAUACGUGGGAGAAUUCUUCGUGUAGAACGGGAAAAGUACGAUAACAUCCAGAGCAUUGAAAACGAAGAACGCGACAUAUUAAAGCAAAUUGAUGUGUAUAGGGAUCAAAUUAAGCUUAAAAUAGACGAACUGGCUGACAAGUCCAAAGAACAGGUCAAAGAGAAACACAAUAGCUGUAAAAAGGAAAUCGAGGAGGCGAAAGCAAAGCUUCAAUCAUUUCUUACACAGAUAGCUUUGCUGGAGAAGAGUGAAUCACCGGAAGUAAAGAAUGAAUCACAGGUCUUUGUUGACAUGAAGAAAAGUAACAACAUUGUGGACCAAGCUAAAAAGGGCUGGUUUUCAUAUUAA